UCAGGUACGGCGGAGCGGUGAAGAGUCCGAUGCCGGAGGGAAGUUUACGAGUCCUCCUGAACCGCCUGACGUGUCACGGCAACGAGACGAACCUGGCCCAGUGCCCGGGCUACUGGAUGAGACACAGUUAUGACUGUGGAGUGUUCCCUCCUACCACCGCUGCUAUAGACUGCUCAGGUGGCAUCAAAGUCCAGCUGACUGGUGGCACCAAGCCUCAGGAAGGUCUUGUGGAGAUUCUACAAUCUGGAUCGUGGGCGGCCGUGGAAAACAGCUCCGUUCAGACCGAAGAAGCCUCUGCCCUGUGUGCUUCUGUUGGAUACCAGAACACCAAGCCACAGGUGUUGCCUGGCAACACGUUCGGGAGAGGCACCAACAGAACCAUCUCCACGUUAUCGUGCUCAGGAGCGAGGCAGCACGUAGCACAGUGUACCAUCUCCGCUCCAGUCGUCAACACCAAGUCCGUCCAUGCCGCAAUACGGUGUUUCAGUUGCGGAGACACCUACACAUCGGAGUCGGGCAGCAUUCCUUCUCCCGGGUACCCAGGCAGCGCCUCCGACAACACUGACUGUCUGUACCGCAUCAGCCCCAAGGGUCCAGCUCAGCGCUACAAGCUCUGGUUUACAAAUUUCAAACUGUCGGCCAAUGACCUGAUAGAGAUCAAGGAAGAUCCCUUGUCAUCGCCUGUUGGCGUCUACAAAGGCGGCGCCGUGCCGGGAGUACAUCUCUUCAACAAGGACAUCUACAUCAGGUUCAAGUCCCAGUGUUGUGGGGCAAGGACGUUUUACAUCAGAUGGGAAGCUGUGACCUUGGAGAGCACGGUGUCCUUGACCUGCUCCGACGCCGCGAUGAACAUCAAGGUCAACAUCACGCAACUAAGAUGGCUGUACCCUGAUACAAAUCCCGCCUACAUCUCGCUGGUUAACGAGGGCUGCACGGGAUCUUACGCUGGAGACACUUGGAGCAUCAAUAACCCCCAUUCCCAGUGCUACACCAACAGAGCGAUUGACCCGACGUACGUGACGUACCGUAACGCCCUGAUCUACAAGGAGAUUGGUAGUGGUCCCAUCGUCAGGGAACAUCGAUGGAGGGUGGACAUGGAGUGUGCCUUUGUCAGGGAGAGAAAGAUCAGCCAGCAGUACAGCGUCAACAACGAGUUCAACUACCUCCGGAAUCUGUCAUCUGAUUACUCGGCCGAAAUCCACCUGUACAACGACUCCACGCUCAGCACCGAGAUGAGGUUUGAUCCAAUCAGAGCCAAGCUUGGAGAUGACCUUUACGUCAAGGUCAACCUGAAGGGCAACUGGAACGUCUCUAUGAGGUUACAGAACUGUGUCGGCAAACCAGAUCCAAAUUCAACUAUAACAUACGCAUUGGUGCGUUAUGGGUGCUCGUCGGACAAGGAAACUCACGUCGUGUUCGAGGACCCUACCACCACACUGUUCCACUUCAAGGCAUUUGAGUUCUACGCCGGGUACAGCACAGUCUAUCUCUCCUGUGACGUCAAAUUCUGUACACCAGGUGACGUCACUAGCGCGUGCAACUGGAAGUGCAACACCCUGGUCAGCAAACGCCACAUCUCCAACAUGGUGGGCACGGACUAUACCGUGUCAAAACGGCUUCAGAUUGUGUGAAAUUGGCUCUCAUUUUCAGUACGUGAAAUAAAGAUACGAUAAAAGCUA